AUGGCUAACCGUUGCAAAUCACGACACGCAAAUGAACUGCUGCCAAGCCGACGGAGGCAUUUUAUCCACACUCUCCUUGCUGACCUGUCCCGCAAAGUGGGUGCGCACGACUUCGGCAGUACUGUGUUCUCAGGGAGAGAGGACCUGCACCGCCGCGUGGCCCGCCAGCGAUAUCUGGACAAGGCCUUGGUCUUAGGCAGUGUACCUCCUGUACUUCGCCUCGAUCUCGUGACGCACUCUCCGCUAGAUCCAUCAAGUCGAUCAUCGAACCUGGCAUUUGUCCGCAUUGCUGCAGACUGCAUUACGAAAGUCAUCUCUGUCCACAUUACCUUAGCUCGCAAACGGUUGCGCUCUGCAGGCUUCAUAAGCUGCACCGCGACGAACACCUAA